GUAUUGUAGCAAGAAGGGUUGAGGCCGUGAACAUUAAGCGCUUGGUUGUUCUCUCGUUUUUGGUUCUCCUUUUCACAAUUUUGGCAUUUAGGAGAUAUAAAAUGGUAGUAGCUCGUGGUGUAGAUCGGAUCGAAACAUCGCGACAGAUGAGAGAAGGAGGCGGAUUUCUGAUCCGAAGACCCAUCGGAGAUAAAAUCAACCAGUGCGAUCCAUUCUUGUUGUUAGAUCAUAUGGGUCCUGUUAUUUACGGCCCUGGAGAGGCUGUUGGAGCUCCUGAUCACCCUCAUCGAGGAUUUGAAACGGUCACCUAUCUGAUUGACGGUAAGAAAGAAAAAUGGUUUCUUUUCUCGGCUGUGUUACUUAACGUACGUAAGCUUAUUUGACAAGGUACUUAACUAAUCAGCGGGGGACUCAAAUAAUGACAUUGCAGAAAAGCCACGAUUCAUAAAAAAAUAUGAAAAGAUCCCAGAUCGAGCCCUGAGUUUUUCUCGCCUUAGAAGGCUUCGAGAUUCCAACAUUAAAGGAAGCUUUGUGAAAUAUAGUUAAGAUUGUGAUACCUACAGAUCUGUUUCAAAAUACAAACAAACAAAAAAAAAAACAAGACAUUGAGCCCACCUGCUAUUUAACUAAAUUUUUGGAGAGAACAUUUCUGACCCCUUACAUUGACAGUGUACACGAGAUAUAUAAAGUACAAUGAUUCCCAGUACGUUUGCACAUAGUACAUGUUUGACUGGUAAAAACCUUGUACUGACUUCCGUGAUUAUCUAUUUUUAUUCCUUAAAAUGUUUCCAUUUUUUUAUCAUAACACCAGCAGCACUUUAUUUUGGCUUUCUCAGGAGAGAUGAAACAUCAAGACAGUGCUGGGAACAGUGGUGUUUUGAAACCAGGUUGGGUACAGUGGAUGACUGCAGGGUCUGGUGUUGUGCACAGUGAAAUGCCUUCAGAUGAAGUUUUAAAGAAAGGUGGAAGAUCAGAGGGAUUCCAGCUUUGGGUUAACUUACCGGCAAAAGACAAGAUGAUUAAACCACGAUACCAGGACACUGACGCUAAAAAAAUUCCUGUAGUUACCAGCAAAGGUACUUGUACUGUUGAAAUAUUACUGUCUUGUAUCUGACAAAGAAUUUUUAGAAUAUUGACAACCCUCAGACCUGAAAACGCUUUAAGCCCCAAUAUCCACAUACAAAUUCUCCAAACUGGUCUUUAUACAUUUCCUUAAGGAAUAAGUUGAGUGAAUUUGGUAGAAGAUCAAAGCAUUAUCUCUAAGGUGAUCAUUUUAUUAACUCUCAUAACCAUUUCUCUUGGUAACAUAUGGAUAUUGUUAGGAGAAAAUUGAUCUUGGUCACUAUCGGGACUUAAAGGGUUAAUUCUCCAGACUGAUCUUUAUACAUUUUCAGAAUUAGUUGAGAGAAUUUAAUUACAGAUCAAAGCAUUUUUCUUUCAGUGAUGAUGUGAUUAAUUCUCAUAAACGUUUCUCUUAACAUUUUCUUGAUAUUGUUAGGGGAAAAUUGAUGUUGGUCAUUUAUGGGACGUAGAGGGAUAAAAGAGUGCUUGUGAAUCAAGAGUCACACUUGAGUCAACCAAUGACCAGCUUGCUUGAACAAAUGUGUUGUUUGUAAAAAAUUUUCCAUCGAUAUUAAUGUCUUACUUGGACCUUGUAGAGUGGCUCUCUGACAUAAGAUAUUGUAUCAUCCUCUUUUUACCUGUAGAUGGAAAGACCAAAGUCAAGGUAAUAGCUGGAGAGAGUUUGGGUGCAAAAGCUGUUAUAGACACACGGACACCAAUAAUGUACCUGGAUAUCCACGUGCAGGCAGGUGGAACAUUUGUUCAGGAUGUUCCUGAGGAAUAUAAUGGCUUUGCUUAUGUUUGGAGGGGAAGUGGUUCAUUCACUGAGGACAGAAUCUCUGUUCAGAUGGGAAAGGUAAAAUUUUAAAAAACUGAAAAAUCUACAGAGGUUUUUUGUCAAGUAGUUUCAGAGGGGGACUCCCAUAUGAAAGACUGACAGGGAUGCUUGUUGUCUUACCCGGUGGUAGAAGUUGAUGAAUAUGGUCUCACUUACGGUGUUCAGGGCAGAAAGCCCAUAUUUUUACCCAUAACAUGCAUGGGUAAAGAAAGGUCUUACAUAAAAAAAAACAAAUGCUCUCAUACUGUUUCAGAGUAUAGUUCUAAAUUUUCAAAUUCAAAGAAAAUCCUGUCUCUUUCUUAAGAAGUUCACCUCCCCCCCACCCCCCCAAGGAAUAACUUGUAUCUGCUCCCGAUCAAUCCACUUGUGUUAUUGGUAAAGGUAACUGUAGAAUAAGACUAAUGAUAAAUAAAAGAAACUCCUGUAUCAUUGUUAGAAUCUUGGACUGGACUGUUAAUGAAAAGGAUAAUGACCUGCCAUUGCACCAUUAUACCAAGUGAAUAGCAAGUCUCAAGUUACAUUACAAAGAAUGCAGUAGUGAUUCCUUGUCAAUAUAACACAAAAAACUUCACACAAUAGAAGACAUAUAAUGACACAAUAGUUUGACUUCAUCAGCUGGUAUAUUGAGCAUAAUGUACCCUGUUUAAUAUUGCUUGUCGAUCUUUUAUAAAUGCAAUUUAUUGGUGAUAAAGAUCUAUGUCAAACACAAUUGGGGUGUAUUAACGUAACGUACAGUUUAUUAGUUUGCAAUUAACUCUAUCUUAAAGGACACCUCACUAAAAUGAGACACCUAGAGUUGGUCCCUGCCUAAUUCUUUAGUCUUUUUGUUAACUCUUUACAAAACAGACAUCAGGGGCGGAUCUAGGGGGAGGGUGCCGGGGGUGCACCCCCCCCCCCCCCCCCUACUCUUUCUUAAAUGCACCCCCAAUAAAAAGAGACCCAUAGGGUGGGUCCCUCUCUUUUUCUUUUGUUUUUUUGUUAACUCUUAAAAAAAAAGACAAAGGGGGGGGGUUGGGGGGGGGGGGGGGGGGGGGGCCCCCCCCCCCCCCCCCUGAGAUGACCUGCGGUUUUCUAAUACAACUGGUAUUCUGCAAAAAAAAAAAAAAACCUAUGUGGUUUAUUGGUGAUGAAGUAGAGCAAGAGACGAGUGCACCCCCUCCUAAAAAAAAUCCUGGAUCCGCCCCUGGACAUCUCUGUAAAAUGACGGAAGACAGACACACAGUGCCUGCCAGUCCCAUAGGUGUCCAUUUCAGAGAGAGUUAAUUGAACUGUCAAUGCAAUGGUUGAAAUACAUAAUUACAUAGUUAAAUAAAAUAUUGAUAUUUUCUAUGUUGUCACUUAUUUAAUCUUAUGCUAAUAUCCUGCUACCAGGUUGCCUUGCUGGGAAAGGGAAACAUGUUUCAAAUUACUGCAAGUUCGGAUGAAGACAUUCAUGUUCUGCUCAUAGCAGGCGUGCCAAUUAAGGAACCCCUUGCACGUCAUGGACCAUUUGUCAUGAACACUUGGGAAGAAAUAGAGCAAUGCUUCAGCGACUACCAUGCUGGAAAACUGGGCUCUAUUGAAGGAUCUGAAGAGCGCUAUGCUAAAACAAAGAAAGCAGUCAGUAAACAGAAAGAAACAGGGUCAUGGAAUAAUAAAUAAAUUGAUUAAUUGUUAUGCAUCAUGUGCAAGUAGAUAAUAAUCUGGGGCCGGUUGCUCGAAGCCUGGUUAGCGCUAACCGUUGGUUAAGAGGUAUCAAAAUGUAUAGGUUUCCAUAGUAUUUAACGCUGGUUAGCACUAACCAUGUUUCGAGCAACCCGGGCCUGGUGUUAGCGAUCAUUAUUUUAUCAUUGGAAAUAAUCAAAUUAGCCCAGCC